AUGAAUUCAAGAGAAAACCGGGACAUAAGAAAUGCCGAUUCCUCUCCCGUUCGUGGUUCCGCUUGGAACACUAUGAAGCAACGUCAUACCGGUGUGCAGACGGCGUCGACCCGCGACCAAUCAUAUUCUUUGACAUAUUUUCGGGGUGGAACACAUUCCGUUCGACCGUGCGACGAGAUUCAAUACAUCGAAGGGAUUCUGCUCACGCCAACAUCGAAUCAUCCAUCAAGCGUUGUGUAG